AUGACAGAGAUGAAACAUGAUCAAUCACAUUUUAUGAUGGAGACAUCAAGAGAUUUAUUUCAUACAUUUAAAGAGAUGGGCUAUGAUAGUGCAGAGAAGUCAUCUUAUCAAUCCAUUGAACCUGUCAUAUUAAAGUUUGAACCAAUCAUUCCAUACUUUGAUGCAAUUGUAAACUAUUAUAUCACCAUUUCAACACCACAACCAGAUGGCACCAAAACAACAAAGAAAUACUUUUCAACAAUCUUAUGGAGAGGCUCUUUCCCUGAAUUGGCUCCUGGUCAGAAAGACCCUUUAAUCGAUGAAAAGACUGUUGAUUUCGAAUCAAAACUAAUUUGGAAAGUUGGUAAAAUCUUUGUUCCAAAUGAGUUAUCUGAAGUUCAAACUGAUCGUUCAAAUAAAAGAUUAUUAAAAUCAAUUGAAAAUGAUUUAAAUAAAAUAAAAAAUAAAUAA